AUAGUUUGGGGCAAUUGUAGAGAGCGCAGCAGAGACUCGUAAACACUCGGGAUUACCUUCCACGUAAUUGGCCAAAUGAUCAGCAAUAAAAGGCUGGUUUUGCUAUGUAGUAGAGAGGUGAGGGUGUAGCUGGUGGUGAAGAUGUGCCAGCUCAAGAGUCAUGAUUUGAUGAUGUGACAAGGCAGCCCACAGGAGGAAAGUUUGAGCGUUGUGCACUAAAAUGAAUGAAGCAAAAGUGCAUACGGGGACACCUAUGACUGAUUGUGUAAUUGAUCAACAUAUUAUGGGUUCAGGUGUGAUGAAUUUAGCAAAAACUAAAGAUGUAAAUAUAUCUUCACAAACAAAGGAGACAUCAGCUUUAGCUGGUAAUGAAGACAGUCGGAACUGUGAGCCACUUGUAGAAGAGCAAAAUGAAAUAGUACGUGAAGAGAAAAGUCUAAAAAAGCAUUGUGAAUGUCCAGCUUGUAAGAUAGCAUGUAAAAGAAAAGAAGAAUUGCAAACACAUCUUGCAACUCAGUUACUUCAGUGUAUUUUAUGUAAAAAAGUUUUACAAGAUGAACUUUUGCUGAAACAGCAUAUGAACUCAUGUCCAAAGAACAAAUACAAGUGCCACAUAUGUGGUACAAAAUAUAUAUACAAGAAGAAUCUCUUUAAACAUUACCUUGCACAUCAAAAAGAAAACCCAGAUGUGCAUGAGGGUACACAUCCUGGGACCAACGCUAAAUGUCCAAUUAUAUGUCCUUACUGUGAUAGAAAAUUUAAAUACCAGUUGGCAUAUGAAAUGCAUAUGGUUACUCAUGAUGGUAAUUUACCCUACUGGUGCUUAUUCUGCAGGGCCAGAUUUGCUUGUAAAGAUGAGCUUUUCGUCCAUGGUAGCACUCACGACCUUAAGAAAGCUUAUGAGUGUGACCAGUGUGGCAAAGUAUUUACAACUAAAAAUGCUCUUGAACACCACAUUAUUUGUCACUCAAAGAAAAAAAAAUCGCGUAAAUUAUGUGGUAAGAAUUCUGAAAAGAACGCUGCGCUACCCAGUGAAUGUGAAGAAGUUUGUCCAUGCCAUGUUUGCAAAAAUGAGCCUUAUGUAAGGGAAGAAAUACCAGAGGGAAAGUUAAAUGCAAAGGCUAAACAAUUUCUACAGUUAUCUGCAACAACACGGAAUAAUAAUAAUAAUAAUAGGUUAAAAAAUAGUCAGAAAGGCGAGAAAUAUGUGUGCACAGUAUGUGGGAAGUCAUUUAAUGAGAAGACUGCUUUUGAAAAUCAUGUCAGGUAUCAUUUUGAGUGCAAAAAGUGCCGAAAGGUAUUUCAAACAAAAGAUGACCUUGAUACACAUUUAUUAUUUCUGGGCGGUGAAAAAUUAUUGUCUUGUAAUGCAUGUAAAAGCUUAUUUCACGGUAAAAAAGAAUUGCGCCGUCAUAUUAUGAACUACCUUCAUGAACGAGCACACAGAUCAUUUUAUGCCAUUGUUCCAGCAGUUAAAAAGGAGCCUACAGUAAAAAUUCAUAUGGUUACUCAUACUGGUAAAAAUUCACUGAAAUGUUCUGUGUGCAAAAAAGAUGUUUCUGUUCGUUAUGACCUUCAAGAUCACAUGGAAGCGGAAGAAGAUAAGUCCCCUGAGGCACAGAACUCUAGAGAAGAAUAUGUCUAUAUCUCACGACUGAACCAAUCUGUCGUUAAUUGUAGAAAGAUGGCCAGUUCUUAUUGUAAGUGUCAUCAUAAUACAAGAGGUACAUUGCCUACAGCUGAGGAUGACUGGAAGAGAUCCUUCACUCCUUCCGAUUGGAACAUCAAGGUUCUCGGAAACCACAGCAAGUCUUUGCUGGCAACUACAGCAAAACUCGAUUUAGAGAUCGUAAACGGAGUAAAUGAGAUAACCAAAUUUGAUCCUGAGGCAGCAUGUGAAGUUGAUAGUAUCAAGAUCGAAACUUUAGAUGCCGAAGAAAUUAUUAAAGAAGAAUGGGACAGUAGUUGUGAAUAAGCUAAUGAAAGUUAUUCAGUAGAAAUAAUCAACAUGGCUGUGUCUUAUUAACAAAGCCUUGCCUUCUGAUGUUAACAUUAUAAGGAAAAGUUUGUUUUUUAUGUUACAAGGAUAGAUUUUGUGUAUAUUAUUUUAUCAUUUUAUUUUGCAGCAAAUUUUCUUUUAAAUAUUGAGUAUUUUUUUAAUUUUUAUAUUUAUUUUACAUUAUUGAAACCCAUGUAUACUACUGUACUACAAAAUUUAUUAUACAAUUUUUUACCGAAUGGUGCUUACAUUUAUGUGGCCAACAUUUUAUUGAUAUUGGGGUUAGAAAUAUUAAAAUUAACAAAUAUUUUUUAAGUUUGUUUAUUUCUUGCAUUUAAAUUCUAAUAACUUCAGUCACAUUUGUCCUCAACAUUUAAUGGGAGAUUCAUUUCAGGAUAUUGAAAUGAAUAAUAAAUGUCUAUUGUGUCUAUCUGUCAUUGGUUCCAGUUACGGGCUCACCAUAGCCCGUGCUACUUGGAACUUUGUUCCGGGUAGCGAAUCUUUAACAACAACAUUAGUUCCAGGACUUAAUGUCCCUGUGGCUCAGUCUCUGACCAGGCCUUCAGGUUGGUCGUCUGGUCAACCAAGCUGUUAGAUGCUGCUGAUUGCAGUUUAACAUAUGAAUCACAGCCCAGUUGAUCAGGCACUGUUUGGAGAUGUUUAUCAUGAACAAGGAUAGUGUGUAGUUCUUAAGAAGCACUAAAUUCUCUCAAAUGCAAUUGUAUAAUGCUGUAUAUAUUGUGGUUUUGAGGGAAAGCACUGUAUGGUGCAUUCUUAUACUGUAUAUAGUAUUUAUAUUUUAGUUCCUCAGAUGAAGUUCUUAGGCAUUUUUAUAUAUGCUUUGUAUACAGUAAAAUAAUUUUGAGAAGCACUAUAUGGUUCAUUUACAGUAUAUAUGGGGUGUUCUGUAUGCUAUAGGUCUUGAGGCACUGCAUUACUGUUUGACUGGUCGGUAGAACAAAGGCCUUGUACUGUAUCUUACAAGUCAGCAUUCAGCUCAUAAUGGUUCAAGUGGUUGGGCACUGUUCUCUCACCCUGUCCUCACAUUCCAGAUUCUUAGUCCUCGAAUUCCUUCUCCUGAUGGAUAUACUGUAUAUACAUACACACACACACACACACAUGUAUGUACAGGGUAUAUGUAAUGUGUAUGUUGUAUUUACAGUUUGAGCUCUAUUAUCCAAAUAAGCUGGUACCUCUGGAUAUCCAGAUAACUGAAAAUCCAGAUAAAUAAGAAAUCAUGAUAAUUUUUUGCCCAUUUUUCAUAUUUAUUUUAAGCAUGCUAAAAAUGCCUGUAAUAGUGUUUUAAUAGGAAUGAACCAAUAUAUAUAUAUACUGUAUAUAUAUAUAUAUA